UAAAAGCAAGUGCCAGCAAGCAGGGGACAUAUAUGCUACUGCCAGGAGAAUCCAUCCAGAGGAGCUGUAAUUUUACGGAAACAAAGCAGCUUAAACAGCGUUACGAUAGGCUGGGAUUUUCUGACUCUGCUGUCUGUAGUGAGCCACUGAGGAAGCAGUAGUAAUAGCAGACUUAGUUACACUGUACAUUGCAAGUAUUUGUGGGGAGUUUACUUUUUUAAGUUAACAUCUGCUUUAGUACUAUGAACAGAGCUGAAAAAACUGCUGUAUAUCAGUAAAUUAUUAGUUUUUACAGCAGCUACCCAAAAAGCAGAUGUAUGAUUUGAAAGCAAAAUUUAUGUUAGCAUAUAGUACGUUUAUUACUGGCUGUAAUUCUUUUUUGAAAAUCCAUUAUUUUGCAUUUUAGUGAACUAAAGAAGCAUGUCUGUAUUCACAGCAAUGGUAUUAGUUUAAACAUUUAGAAUUCAGUGAUUUUGAGAAAUCGCUGAAAACUAAAUUGGGUGUUUCUUUUAACUGCAAGAAACAUAUUGGAAGCACUGUCAUCUGAUUAGUUUGUGAAACUGACAAAAAAAAGGAAGUGCUCCAGAGUUUCAGUACAUUAACUUAUCUUGAGUGUUAGAAACUCAAACUACCAGAAAAGAUCAGCUCAAGUAAACAUGAAGUCAGAGAUGGCUGUUUUUGUUGCCUUGGUCUUCUUUUAUUGUGUUGAUAUGACCUUGUCACUGUCGACCUGUAAGACAUUUGACAUGGAGAUGGUGAAGAAGAAACGGAUUGAUGCCAUCAAGGGACAGAUACUAAGCAAGCUCAAACUAACUAGUCCUCCAGAAGUACAUGAUGACGGCAUACAAGUUCCUGAAUCAGUAAUGGCCCUUUAUAACAUCACUAGAGACAUGUUGCAGGAUACAGCAGGAACUAAAUCUGGAGAAGACAUAUCAUCAGUGGAAGAAUAUUAUGCUAAACAAAUUCACAAAUUUGAAAUGAUACCGGACAGCAGUGAUGUUCCAGAUCGCAAGGAGUUAUACAAAAUAAUCCAGUUUAACGUUACCGAAAUAAAAGCGAACAUAACCAGUGAGUCAUUGCUUCAUCAUGCAGAACUGAGAUUUCAGCAGCUUAAGUCAGAUUCUGAUGCCGUCACUGAACAAAGGGUAGAACUGUACCAGCUCUAUAAAGACAAGACUAAACAGCGUUACAUUGAAAGCCGAAUUUUGGUGCUAAAAGAUGUUGAUGAAUGGAUUUCAUUUGAUGUAACGCAAUAUGUUAAACAGUGGCUGAACAAUGACGUACUCCAGCCUGGUUUUAAGAUAAGUGCUCACUGCCCAUGUACCCCAGAUUCAAGCGACGUCAAACUUGAAGUCAAAUUUGCAGGUUUUGAUAAAAAACGGGGUGAUUUGGAAGGACUAUCUGCAGUAAAUACUAAAAAACCUUAUUUACUUAUCAUGUCCACUCCACCUGAAAGAGCAGAUCAUCUUCAAAGCUCAAGAAGGAAACGAGGCCUUGACAUUGGCUACUGCUUCGGAACUGAAGAGAAAAACUGUUGCGUGCGACCUUUGCAUAUAGAUUUUCGAAAAGAUCUUGGCUGGAAAUGGAUACAUGAACCUAAAGGGUACCAAGCAAACUUUUGCAUGGGGCCAUGUCCGUACAUAUGGAGUCCAGAUAACCAGCACACCAAGGUUUUGUCUCUCUAUAAUCAAAAUAACCCUGGUGCAUCUGCUUCUCCAUGCUGUGUACCCCAUGUUCUGGAACCCCUCACUAUCCUUUACUACGUUGGCCGGCAGCCCAAAGUAGAACAGCUUUCCAACAUGAUUGUCCAGUCCUGCAAAUGCAGUUGAGGAGCAAAGAGCUAAAGUAAAAAGACAGCUUUCUCCGGCUGAGGGUUGACAUGAGGAAGUAAAACAGAAAUGGACAGACUGAAAAACAAAAAAGUCUCUGGACUGAAGGUAUAUAACUCAUUAGAUGAGUUUGCAGGAAUUUUCCAUUUUUUCAUGGAAAUAUGUUAUGAACUUUCAUUUUUUUAAAGAAAAAAUUAUUUAAUUCAUACAUAAUUUGUGCCUUUGGACUGGGAAAUGCACUCUUAUUUAAAAACUGGAUAUCAUUGCUUUAAUUUAUGACUACAUAAGUGGAAUAAUGUUUUUCCUCAAAUGAAAGUCUAGUAGAAGGUUCACUGUUUUCUGCCUGCAGCUCUCAGGAAAUAAUUGAUCUCUUGGUAUCUGGGAAAAUGCAGAGCAUAAGUACUUUUCAGCAUUAUUUUCUGAAGCAAGGAACGACUUUGUUUAAAGAAGAGUGAAAACUUUCUUGUUGUAUUUCAGAAACUGUAGCUGUGCAGUUGGUGGUUAGUGGUAGCUUGGUUUGUCUCCUGAUGCUGUAAUUCUGUUACCAUAUUUAUUUAAUACGUAUCAUCUCAGAAGUGGCCAUGGUUCUCUUAGAAGAUACAUAUUUCCGAAGAUAUUGUAGUGCCUUUUAAAGGUGCAGAUGAUGAAACAUGAGGCAACACCUGGCUUCUUUCUGCAACUCCAUCUUAGGGAGGUUCCAAGGUUGUUAUGCAUCCCACAUUAAUCUGCAGCCUGAGCCCUGAAAACCUUCAGAUCUUGCAUAAAGGCCUGCUGCUACUCGUUAGAACAACAGACAGUGCACUAAUGUACAGGUCAACUAAGGCUGCAAGCUGGAACAGGAGAGCCUUUGAACUAUUGUCAGCUAUUUGUAUUUUUUUUAAUUCUUGUUAUAGGAGCAUCAUGUUUUUAUGUUUAUUGUAUUACUUAAUAUAAAACAUUGAAGAAAAAGGUAAUGUGUCUGCCGCUCUUUGUCCAUUUGAGCACUGAAGAAAGGAAAAUUGUACAGAAUGUUUAUAAAAUGUGCUUAGCUUUGGACUUCAAUCACCUCUUAUGUAGGAGCUAGAGUUUUGAACUAUGUUAAACAAUAGCUCAGUUUUAUAUUUUUUGUCUUGUGUGGUGUAACCACUUUAUACCAACUUUCUCAUUUUGAGAAUGUUAUUUAGAGUACUUGAUUAUAACUUCAUACAAAAACUUACACCACACAGCUGUAUGAUAUAACAGUCUUACUCUGGAGCCCAAACGAUUCUUGUUGAACCUGGACAUCUAAAGCCUAACAAAAUGAUUUCUUAGAAUAAAAAGACAGGAUAACGUGA